AUGUCCAACGAAUCAGAAACCAAACCUCAGCUUCAUACUUACGUGGUCUGGGCUCCUGAUUGCAAAGACCCAGGUGCCUUGGAAAGACGCUACAGCGUUCGGGAGCAGCAUCUCGCCGGCGUAGCACCCUAUCUCAACAAGUCGAUCUUGAUUGGGGGAAUGUUUGCGGAGCCAGGUUCAGAGCACGAAACAGGCCGACGCAAAGCCGUUGGGUCCCUUCUCAUAGUGAAAGCAGAGACUCGAGAAAAGGUCGAAGAAAUGAUCAAGUCUGACAUCUAUUACACUUCUGGAACUUGGGAUCCCGAAAAGCUCGUAAUUCUCCCUUUCUUCAAUGUAACGAAUCUACUCUAG